AUGGAGAACCUCCCUGCUGCAGGGUUUGCUGCUGAUGUUAAGGGAGACGGCAAAGAAGUUGCUGUCUGCAGCAGCAGCAGCAACGGCAACAGCAGCAGCAGCAGCAACAACAACGAGAAGGGCAACAACAGUAGCAGCAGCAACGGGAAUGGCAGCAGCAACAGCAACAACAACAACAGCAGCAGCAGCAGCAGCAGCUGCUACGCCAUAAGCAACACGAUACACAACUGUAUAAGCAUUAACAGCAGCAGCAAGAACAGCAUAAGCAGCAACAGCAGCAGCAACAGCAACAACAGCAUUAACAGUAUUAACAGCAGCAACAGCAACAGCAACAGCAGCAGCAAUUCAGCUGCGGAUACACCAGAAGAGGAGAUGAUUAAUACACAAGAUAUAUAUAGGGACGAUCCCCGCAUACUAGAAGCAGCAGAGGAGUAUCUGCAGCUGCAGCAGCAACAGCAGCAGCAGCAGCAGCAGCAACAGCAACAGCAACAGCGACAGAGGGAACUGUUGCUGCAGCUGGAGACGCACAGGAGACAGCAGCAGCAGCUGUUCAUGCAGCUGGAGGCACGACAGCAGCAGCUGCUGCAGCAGCUAGAGACGCGGCACCAGGAGCUGCUGCUGCAGCUAGAGACGCAACAGCAGCAGCAGCAGCAGCAACGGCAACAGCAGCAGCAGCAGCAUUUGCUGCAGCAGCACGAGACACCUCUACAGAAUUUGGAGAUCCAGCAGCAGCCGAUACGUACACUGCAGCAGCAGCAGCAGCAGCAGCAAUUGCAUCAGUUGCUUCUGCGUCAGCAGCAGCUGCUGCAGGUUCAGCUACACGAGCAGCAGCUGCAAUUACAGCAGCAGCUGCAGCAACAGCAGCAGCAACUACAGCAGCACCUUCAGCAGCAACUACAGCAUCAACUGCAGCAGCAACUGCAGCAUCGUCUGCAGCAGCAAGCAUUAGAGGCUCGAUUACAAACCCCAUUAUUCCCUGCUGCUGCUGCUGCUGCUGCUGCUGUGCAUCCUUCUUGCUGCACCUGCAGCAACACCAGCAGCAGCAACACACCUGCUGUUCGUGCUGCUGCAGCAAAUAAUGGUGGUGAAUCAAGAGGUGCAGCAGCAGCAGCAGCAGUAGUUGCAGCAGCAGUAGCAGCAGCAGCAGCAGCAGCAUCUUCUUACGAUCGUGGGGAUUCAGCAACUAUAAUAGAAGACACUACAAUGAACAGCAACAGCAGCAGCAGCAGCAACAGCAGCAGCAGCAGCAGCAAUAAUAAUAAUAAUAAUAUGUUGUUGCUGCAACAACGACCUGCAUAUACACCUGAGACGGAUACAGACACAGACACAGGAACAGAUUUGGAUACACAGCAGCAGCAGCAGCAGCAGCAACUGCAGCAACUGGAGUUGCUGCAGCAACAAGUACAGCAUUACCAUGAUGAGCAACCCCACCAUAAGGAUAAUAUAUACCACCAUAUUAUAACCAUUAGAAAGAAAGAGAAUAAAGAGGAGAAUAAGAAUAUAUAUAAAGAAAUAGAAGAAGAAGAAGAAAAAAAAGAGAAAAAACAAAAAAAAAAAUAUUAUAUAGAAAAUAUAGAUCUAAUUAGUCGUCGCUCCUUCGAAAAAUUAGUUACUAAACAAUUUAAUUUAAAUAAAAAAUUAAAUUUUUCUUCAAUUAAACUUUCUGUAUCUUUUAAUGGUUAUCUUCUUGAGGAUAAUACAGGGGAAUUACAAUUACAUAGAUUACCUUUCUUUCAUGGUUACGUAACAGUAUCUCCUGUAUGUGCAGCAGCAGCAGCAGCAGCAAAUGGUGUGAAACCAAGUAUAAGCAGCAACAGUAGCAAUAUGAGCACGAGCAGCAGCAGCAACAGCAGCAGCAGCAACAACAACAACAACAACAACAACAACAGCAAUAAUUAUAUCCGUGGUGUUGGAGGGGGAGGAGGAGGAUGA